UCAAAAAAGCACAUUCAUGAUUAAGCGCGAUUCAUGAUAAAUAAAUUGCGACUGCGCAUCACUAAUUUAAAUACUCUUUUUACAAGAUAUAAUAUAUAAAUAUAGUGUCAAGGUUACAGUCUCAUCAGUUAAUCAGUAAACCCGAAAUAAUCAACAGUGCAACAGAAUUAGCAACAAAAAAAUGCCUUCAUACAAAUUAACAUACUUCGAUAUUCCCGGCAUAGUUCAACAUAUAAGAUACAUUUUGUCAUACGCAAACCAACCAUUUGAAGAUGUCCGUCUAAAUCCUGCAGAUUGGCCAAAACUAAAAGAAAAGUUUCCCUAUGGAAAAUUGCCCACGUUUGAAAUAGAUGGAAAAAUAUUUAAUCAAAGUAACGCCAUCGCCAGAUAUUUGGCAAAACAAUACGGAUUGAAUGGUAAAAAUGACUUGGAAACCUUGAAAGUGGAAUGCUUAACUGAUACUUUAGUGGAUUUGAGGAACGGAUUGUCUGCUAUUGUUUAUGAAAAGGAUGAAGCAAAAAAAGAAGAAUUAAAAAAGAACUUAGUAGAAAACCUGUUUCCGACUUAUCUUCCAAAGUUUGAAGAGAUCGCUGCCAAAAGCACUUCUGGAUGGCUUGUUGGCUCUCAGAUUACAUGGGCAGACUUAUUUUACGCUUCGACCCUGGCUAUCUUUGAAGAAAAAUUCCCUGGCCUUUUGAAACCUUAUCCAGCUUUAACGGCUUUGGUAGCAAAGGUCGAGAAUAUUCCUAGCAUUAAAGCGUACUUGGAGAAACAUAAGAAAUAAAGUUGUAUUUCCAUAUUUUUUAUACUACUAUUUUUUUAAUAAACACGUUUAACUUA